CCUCCGUGUAGGCCGCAGUGAAGCCUGAACUCGAGUAGGGCCCAAGCCAGCCAGGAAGGAGGAGGCAGCCAGAGUGUUCUCUGCAGCAGAAGACCCCUUGCUGCCCUGCUUAACCCAGACCAGCAUUUGCCAGGUAACUGAUGGAUCCAAAUACUCAUUCAGGGGAGACAGGGCAUGUACUAGCCCUCGCACAACCCUAGACAACUCCGCUGGAUGUGAGCUUGCAGAAGCAAUUCGGGAAGAAAAGAACUGUCAGAUUUGAGCUGAAAAACAAACCAAAUUCAUCUGGACUGACCUGGAACACUACUAACAAGACUUCAGCAUUUGAGAAGAGAUGACUACUCAUCUCAAAGAAGUAAAACCUCACACUUUACCUGACUUUCUUCAUCUGAACGACUUGGCAUGUGAAACUAUAGGGGGAAAGGUUUUAUUUGCAACGGAUGACUUCUUUGCUCCUGCAGAAAAUCUCUUAAAGAAACAAAGACCAGUAUUUCAUGCAGACCUAUUCACUGAUUAUGGGAAGUGGAGGGAUGGAUGGGAGACCAGAAGGAAACGAAUUCCAGGUUAUGAUUGGUGCAUAAUUCAGUUGGGAGUGCCAGGUACUAUCUAUGGGUUUGAAGUAGACACAUCUUAUUUUGCUGGAAACUGUGCUCCUCAGAUAGCAAUCCAAGCUGCUUGCUUGAAACCAGAAGAGAUGCCUGCACUGCCACCCAGGGGAAACAGGACUGGAACUGCAGCUUCAGAUGAAGAGUUUAGGGCUGUCAAGGAGGUGAAGUCAGAUGAAUGGAUCUCACUGCUUCCUAUGUCAAAGAUAAAAUCAGAAAACCUUGAUACCAGUCAUAACUAUUUUUCUGUGACUUCCAAGCAAAAAUGGACUCACCUAAGGCUUAACAUAUAUCCAGAUGGUGGAAUUGCACGUUUAAGAGUAUAUGGCACAAUGCUGAGAGACUGGUCACUUUUUGGCCUGAAUCACUUGAGUGACUUGGUGGCAAUGGUAAAUGGAGGUAUCUGUGUUGGAUUCAGUGAUGCUCAGUUGGGUCAUCCCCAAAAUAUUUUAGGAAUAGGAAGAGCAAAGUCCAUGAAAGACGGCUGGGAAACUAGAAGAAAUUUGGAAAGACCACCAGUUUUAAAAGCUGAUGACAAGGGAAUUAUCCUUUUACCAGGAAGUGAAUGGGCAGUGUUUCGACUUGGGCAUUCAGGUGUAAUAACACACAUAGAAAUUGACACCAGUCACUUUAAAGGAAAUUUUCCAGAUACUUUUAAACUUGAGGCCUGUGUCUUGAGUGCACAAGGGGAAAAGGAAUGCAUAGCACAAAAAUGGACUUUGAAACAGGGUCCAAAAUGGAACGUCUUGCUGCCUGUAACAAAGCUUAAACCCCAUAUGAGACAUUUUUUUGAUGGGAUUGCCAUACAAAAACUGGACGUGUUUACUCAUGUGAGACUUACAAUUGCCCCCGACGGAGGCAUAAGUAGGAUGCAUCUCUGGGGUUUUGCACGGGCUCUGUCACACGUGAGCAAGUAAAAUCUUCUCAGGAAAAGGUUUCUGCAGAAUUUCACUCUGUUGUUCAAAAUGGAAUACAUUAAUCGCUAUGCAUAUAUUUAUUGAAUUAUACCAUUUUCCACAUCUCUGCUUCAAACAUAAUAAUUUGUUAUGGAUGUACAAUAAUGCCACGGUUUCUCUAGCUAAAUGAAUAAAACAUAUAUUUGCUAAUAGGUUAUCUGAUUUGGGAAGUUGCAUUAUUUUAAAUUAAGCAAUGAUAAGAGGCUGCAUCUGCAGCAGUUGAAAUUGCUGGUAUCCUGUGGCCCUAUAUGCUCACCCAAGCUCCUAUGAAUGGUAUAUAAGGGCGUGGGAUUCCCCUCCCGCUCAUGUAGAUUGUCUUUCAAAAUGUUGCAGCCUAUUUUAAAAUAAGACUAUAUUGCUCAUAGCAGCAUCAGCAACAAAAAGCUUAUUUGUGUAAUGUUCAGUUGCGUUGCACUUGUGGGAAUUUAAAACAGAUGUUCAUAUAUUGGAUUCACAGUCUGAUUCUAUGCAUGUUUCCUUGUAAGGAAUUCCCUUUGAGUUUGAUGGGACUUACUCCAAGUAAGCAUGCUUAGAAUUGUGGCAUUAAGUGAUGCAAGUGGAAGGGUUUACAGACUGUGGUUGUAAUCUUUCAAAAAAUGGCUCACAUCCAGACUAAUGUGAGUGCAGAAAGAAGUUCCCAGGGAAAGAGCAAUUUUCACCAAAUUGUCCACUGUGCCUUCCAUAAAUAUGUCCCUGGGGGUUCUGGAAUUCUCAAAGACAUAUUUUUGGAAGGUCCAGUGGGCUGCAAAGGGAAGGGGAGAUUGGUGAAAAACACCCCUCCCUGCUGCACAUGCAGAAUGUCUUUCUACUCAUAUAAUGUUAGUCUGGAUAUCAGCCACUGAUAGCAAAAAUUGAAUCAUAAUUUGAGAAAUAUAGCUUUGUACAACUGGAGUCUGAAUGAAUCUUUCAUUCAUUCUCCACUUAUAUUUGCUGGGUUUGUAUUUUCCUCUGCUAAUCUAAAAUGCUUUUACUUUAUGAAUACUGCUACAAUAAAAGAAUACUAUGA